AUGGCAUGUGGUGAUUCCACUGUAAUACCAAAGAUUUCUAACCCGGAAAAAAUUUUUGCUAUUCCGGAUGAUAUUCGGAAUUAUUUGAUAUGUAAUUAUGGAAUUAGUCAACGGGCAAUAAUGUUCCUGUAUCCUCCAUCCCCGAACAAAAUUUUUAUUGCCGAAAAUGGUAUAUUACGGACAAUUGUUAUAAAGAAACAAUUUUCGCAGUCAGAAAAUUCUCUUCUGUCAUGGUGGGAAAAAACUGAAAAAAAUAUUGAAAGAUUAAACGAACUGGACAAGGCUACCGCAGUUACUGCUCCAUCAAAGAAAAGUAAUACAGCCAGUAAUUCCGCAUGGCAUACUCUCACAGACGUAGAACGCCAUAUUUUACAAAAAGUAUUUUUCCUCAAAUAUUUAGAGCAUCGUCGUGCUGAAGCUUACAAAACUGCCCUAUGUCAAGCAUACAAAACUACCGGUACAUGUGAAUAUGGUGAUCGAUGCCGUUUUGCUCACAGUAAAGAGGAAUUGCGAUUGCCUCCACAAGCGCAUCCAAAAUACAAAACUCAGUUGUGCAGAAAGUUUGCGAUAUUGGGGAUGUGUCCGUACGGUGCUAGAUGUCAGUUCAUCCAUCAACGUCCAUUUGAAAAUGGCGAUACAGUAGUUUGA